CUGCGCGGGGCUGCGCCGCGGGAGAUGCGCCUCCGCGCCGGAGCCUUCUGAGCCAGCCAAGAUGACGGUGGAAUUCGAGGAGUGCAUCAAGGACUCGCCCCGGUUCCGGGCGACAAUAGAUGAGGUGGAAACAGAUGUCGUGGAAAUAGAAGCCAAGCUUGACAAGCUGGUGAAGCUAUGCAGCAAUAUGAUAGAUGCCGGCAAGGCCUACAUCAUCACCAACAAGCAUUUUGUCGGCGGAGUCCGGGACCUCUCCCAGCAAUGCAAGAAAGACGAAAUGAUCUCGGAAUGUCUGGACAAGUUUGGAGACAGCCUGCAGGAGAUGGUGAACUACCACAUGAUCCUUUUCGACCAAGCUCAGAGGUCCGUCCGGCAACAGCUGCACAAUUUUGUGAAAGAUGACGUCCGGAAAUUCAAGGAGACCAAGAAACAGUUUGAUAAGGUGCGAGAGGACAUGGAAAUUGCCCUAGUCAAGAAUGCCCAGGCCCCACGCCACAAGCCCCACGAAGUAGAAGAAGCGACUGGCACAUUGACCAUCACCAGGAAAUGCUUCCGGCACCUGGCCCUGGACUAUGUCUUGCAGAUCAACGUCCUCCAGGCCAAGAAGAAAUUUGAAAUUCUAGACGCGAUGCUUUCUUUUAUGCAUGCCCAGUAUACCUUUUUCCAGCAAGGUUACAGCCUCCUCCAGGAAUUGGACCCCUAUAUGAAGAAACUGGCUACCGAGUUGGACCAGCUGGUGAUCGAUUCUGCAGUGGAGAAGAGGGAAAUGGAGCACAAACACGCACUUAUCCAGCAACGGACUCUCUUGCAGGAUUUCUCCUACGAUGACUCCAAAGUGGAAUUCAACGUUGACGCCCCCAACGGGGUGGUCAUGGAAGGCUACCUCUUUAAAAGAGCAAGCAACGCUUUCAAGACCUGGAACCGGAGGUGGUUCUCCAUACAGAACAGCCAGCUGGUAUACCAGAAGAAGCUAAAGGACGUCCUAACGGUGGUGGUGGAAGACCUCAGACUUUGUACUGUGAAGCCCUGUGAAGAUAUAGAGAGGAGGUUUUGCUUUGAAGUCGUCUCACCCACAAAGAGUUGCAUGCUGCAGGCCGAUUCAGAGAAACUGCGCCAAGCCUGGAUCCAGGCUGUCCAAGCUAGCAUAGCCUCUGCAUAUAGAGAGAGUCCUGACAGCUGCUACAUUGAGAGACUGGACCGAACUGCCUCCCCUUCCACUAGCAGCAUCGACUCUGCUACUGACUCGCGGGAUCGUAGCGCCAAGGGCGAGACCAUUCUGCAGAGGGUGCAGAGCAUCCCGGGCAACGACCAGUGUUGUGAUUGUGGGCAGGCUGAUCCCCGGUGGGCGAGCAUCAACUUGGGCAUCUUACUAUGCAUUGAGUGCUCAGGGAUACACAGGAGUCUGGGAGUUCACUGCUCUAAAGUGCGGUCCCUCACACUGGAUUCCUGGGAGCCAGAAUUACUAAAGCUGAUGUGCGAGUUGGGGAACGCCACCAUGAAUCAGAUUUACGAGGCACAGUGUGAAGAGAUGGGACUCAAGAAGCCCACCGCAGGCAGCUCACGGCAAGACAAAGAAGCAUGGAUCAAAGUCAAAUACGUUGAGAAAAAGUUCUUGAAGAAGUUGCCCAGCGGGGAGACCCUGGCCGAGAAUGAAAGGAAGCCCCGGCGUUGGAGUGUGAAGAAGUGCCAGAGGCGCAACAGUUCCACGAAAGCACCCACUGCGCGUAGGAAGUACCGGCAUGAGGCAGGAAACGCAUCGCCGGCAGCACACUCUUCCGCCGCUACCCUGGAGAGGAAGUUCCGGCGAGAUUCCCUCUUCUGCCCUGACGAGCUGGACUCCCUUUUCUCGUACUUCGACACCGGCGCUGGUUCCGGGCCACGCAGUGGCAACCACAUCUCUAUGCAGCAACCCCUGGCAGCCGGCCCCUGGAGUGACAGUGGCAAUGGUCCGGGGAGGAGCGGUUCACCGUUCCUCCUGGACGGAGGUCUGAGCAGCGACAGCGGGCUCGGUGGCAGCACAGACGGUAGCACCGAUGUCCUUGUGUUUGGCUCGGUAGUGGACAGCGUCACGGAGGAAGAAUGCGAGGUGUCAGAAGAGUCCAGUGGAGAGGCCGAAAUAGAGCAAGAGGCCUCCGACCUGGAGGACUUGCGGGAGCUGCACCCCGGCUUACUGGCUUACAAGGCGGCACGGGCCAGGAACCUGCCUGUCAUGGCGGAGGCACUAGCCCAUGGCGCCGAUGUCAACUGGGUGAAUGAUGAAGACGAGAACAAAACCCCGUUGAUCCAAGCUGUCAUGGGGGGCUCCUUGAUAGCUUGCGAAUUCUUGCUUCAGAAUGGAGCGGAUGUUAACCAAAGAGAUAUCCGAGGGCGUGCACCUCUGCAUCAUGCAACAUAUUUGGGCCACACUGGCCAAGUCUGCUUGUUCCUAAAGCGAGGAGCCAACCAGCAUGCAGUGGACGAGGAUGGGCAGGACCCUCUCAGCAUCGCGGUCCAGGCCGCUAAUGCAGACAUCGUUACCUUGUUGCGUCUGGCUCGAAUGAACGAAGAGAUGCGUGAAGCCGAGGGCCCGUUCGGUCAUCCAGGAGAUGCAACCUAUCUUGACAUCUUUCGGGAGUUUUCUCACAUGGCGUCAAACAACCCAGAAAAACUCAAUCGUCGCAGCCUCCACUUCACUCACUCCUACCGAUAGUCAUUGCUGCUGCCACUGUCCACUUUUCUCCCGAUGGCAGAGCUUUUGAACUCGGGAGGCGAAGGGACAGAAAUGACUGAACUUCUUGAAACUGGUCCAGCCAAGAUGGGGACAACUCUACACAGCGUGUAGCCACUCUGCAAAGAUUCGCUGCCGUUUCUACCCUGUUCCCCAUUAAAUCCAAAUGGCCAUUUCCUCCUCCUGCAAAACGUGUGCCAAUAUGCUAGAACAACCUUGUGAGUGUCUACCAAAGCUCAUGAUUUAUUUUACAAGCCACUUAUUGUCAUUCGUGACCUGAACAAAACACACGCCCCAUUUCUUGGAAGCUUUCUUAUCUAUCGGUUGUGUAUUCCCUUCAUGGAACUCAUACAUGGCUUCCUUGUCUCCGUUUUAUCCUCACGACCACACUGUGAGGUAGAUUAGUUCCAGUGAGCAUCCAGUGAAAUAGAUUUGCCAUAGCAGGACCAGGGGACAACCCUGAAGAGACAUCAAGACGUUCUAGAAAUUUGCUAAUCGCAUUGUUUUUUUACCAUAGAGAAGUGCGAAUUACUAGAACCCUGUGAUGUCGUUUCCAGGCACAAACUGGAAAUGACAUCACGGCACCACAUGUCACCAUGAGCUGUGACUUCCCACCCCUCCCUUUUGCUCCCACUGGAGUGAAAAAUCCUGGUGAGUCCUGAAGCCCAAAGUGAUUUUUACAAAAACGCUGUCAGGUGGGAGCUGAGGAAAUGGUAUUAUUUCAUCAUUACGAAAUGGAGUUUGGGGAGAGCCUCAGUUGGUACAGGCCCCGACCCAACUGCCUUGUGUCAGUCAUGUAUAAAAUCUUUUGUUUAUAUUCUGAAAUGUAAUAUAUCGCCGAGCAAAAGAAAUGUAUUUUUAAAAUGUGUGGGAGGAGGGGAAGGGAGGCCUCGAGAGAGAACAUUUACAAGAUUAUAAAUAAAGAUGGCAAAGAUUA